UUAAAAUAUUCAUUCAGGUUCUCAUUGACUCAAUGACAUUGAGUUCCAGCACUACGUCAGGAUUAUUCAGUGACUUUUCCAGUGAUUUACAAUUUACGCGGAUAAUGAAUAUUUUGGUAAUACAAAGUGCUACAGUGUUUCUGCACUAGUACAAGGUUUCCGGAAGAAAAUAGCUCCAAUGGCAAAGUUCAAGAACAUUUUCACAAACAUCUUUACAAAAUCGAGCUCAAAAUUGGAAACAGACGCAGCAAUCAUUCCGCGAAGGGCUGGCGAUUGUGCUGAUGAUAAAAUUGAAGGCACAAACAGUGCGAACGAUGUUUCUGCGCUCACGAGACCAGAAGAGACGCAGCUAGUUCCCAGUACAUCACUUUCUGGUGGAAUUUCGUCAAACUCGGUUUUCCUCGCAAACACUGCACCAGAUCAACUUCUAAGUCCAACAGCAAAUGCUCUGACACAGAACAUCGUCAACAAUGUUCAAAACAAUGCUCUAACAGCUCCACAAACAUCAAUCACCAAUGCAACAGGUGUCCAGGUUUAUCAGAUUAAAAAUGCUAGAAACGUUCAUAUUGGCAACAGCUUUACCUUCAACUCCGCCAGUACCGAAGAAGACCGCACAAGGCCUUCUACCAAUGUAAAUGGACCGGUUAAAUGGGCCAACCUAAAGUUGUCGGACACAAUUCGGCAGAUGAUGGAGUGUGAGGAUGAGCUGGAUACAGAUAUGAUGAUUACCAUAUCCCGACAUCUGGGAUAUGAAUGGAAGCAUUUUGCGAGGGUUUUGGAAUACUCGGAAGGAGAAAUAGAAGCAUUUGAAUGUGAUAAUGAUACGUUAUCGGAGCGAAUCUAUCAGUUCAUUUUGGACUGGUCGCGCAAUGACGACGAACCAACGCUCGGCAAAAUGGUCAACCUGUUAUGGCAACACUUGCACAAGGAAACAGUUUACCACAUGAAGUUACUUUGGAAGAAACGACGACAAAGUCAACCCGAAUGAAAUAUCCAAAGAAAGUCUAAAACACUGUGCAAAAGAAGGAGCUUAUCUCCCAUUAAUUAUCAGUGCCUUAACUUUUUUAACAAUGUAAAACACCGCAUUUCAGAACGGUAUAGUCGUAGUUCCACAAUUCAAGGGAAAAUAUCGAGAACAUUGAAAAUUGUAAAUAUUUUAAAUGUUGAUUAGGGACCGUCCAUAAAUGACGUAGCAUUUUAGGGGGGGGGGGAGUCUACGGUUUUGCUACGAACCAUGUAUUAGGCAUGGGAAAAUAGGCUACGAUGGGGGAGGGGGGUGGCAAAAAUUGGCCAAAAAAUGCUACGUCAUUUAUGGACAAUGCCUUAGAGUGUUGAUGAACACAAUAUGAGAAUGAUAAAAUUAUAAGCU